GCAGCCCGGUGCUUGUGGGAGGACUUUAGCUAACUCGCUCAUGAGUUGGUUCCGUGUUCAAGGCUAGCGUCACCCGGGCUAGGGCGGAUGGUUGUACACGAAAGCCGAGCUAGAGUGCGCGGCGGGCCGGGAAGGCUGCUCACGGCCCGGUGGCGGGGGGGACUCUCCUUGCUUUGCAGUCCGCUGUAGCUUCCCCGCCCCCGGGACAGUCCCGAGCCGGCUCUGUUGGGGGCUGGUAUCCCGCUGGGCGGAGGCCGCGCCGCGGAUCGCCGCCUUCUGUCUCGCCGCACAACUUCCUCUCCCAGGGAAUUCGGCUGCCGGGCCAGGCCGGGGCGGACUCGGAGCCGCGUCUGGAGCGGGCCGGGCCGGGCGCGGGGCCAUGGAGAGCCCCGCCGUCACCUUCACUCUGGCCUACCUGGUGUUCGCCGUCUGCUUCGUGUUCACCCCCAACGAGUUCCGCUCGGCCGGGCUCACCGUGCAGAACCUGCUGGCCGGCUGGCUGGGCAGCGAGGACGCGGCCUUCGUCCACUACCACCUGCGGAGGAGCACCGGCACCAUGCUGGCCCACGGCCUGCUGCCGCUCGGUUAUUACAUUGGCAUGUGCUUUGCAGCACCAGAGAAACAACUUUUCUAUUUUUACCAGGCCUCAGAAGGCUGGAAAAUAUUCUUCUUGCUGGCUAUUCUUGCUCCAACAGUCACCGGCAUCCUGGCAUAUUACUGGUCACAGAACGGCUGGGAUAACCAUCCUUUAGCUCGGACACUUGCCUUUCAUGCUCUUCCACAGUCUGGUUGGCGGGCAGUGGCUUCUUCCAUCAAUACAGAAUUCAGGAGGAUUGACAAGUUUGCUACUGGAGCUCCAGGAGCAAGAGUGAUUGUUACAGACACUUGGGUGAUGAAAGUGACCGCCUACAGUUUACAUGUUGCCCAACAGCAGGACAUUCAUCUGACGGUGACAGAUUCCAGACAACACGAACUCUCACCUGAUUCAAACAUGCCCGUGCAGUUCCUCACCAUCCGUGUUGCCAGUAUUAAUCCCUAUGUGAAAGCUUUUGAUAUCCGGUUGAACUCCACAGAGUAUGGGGAACUACGAGAGAAACUUCAUGCUCCAAUCCGUAAUGCAGCUAACGUUGUGAUCCAUCAGAGCCUCAGUGACUUGUUUCUGGAAACCUUUACAUCACUGGUGGAAAUUAAUCAGACAUACCCUGUUCCCAGCAAUCAGGAGCUCGAGCCAUGUAUAGGGUGUAUGCAGACUAAUGCAAACAUCAAGCUUGUUAAAAAUUGCCAAGAGCCAAACGAAGGAGAAUGCCAGCAAUGCUACUGUCGUCCUAUGUGGUGCCUGACUUGCAUGGGGAAAUGGUUUGCCAGCCGGCAGGAUCAGCAGCACCCAGAGACCUGGCUAUCAAGCCAAGUGCCUUGUCCAACCUGCCGAGCCAAGUUUUGCAUUUUAGAUGUUUGCAUAAUACAAUGAAUAAUCUCGGUACAAUUUACCUUUUGAAAUCUGAAUGUAUUCACAGCAGGGUUGGAUGCAAGCCCCAUUAGAUUUGUUUCUUGCUCUUCUGCUUCUGAAGAGGUAAAAGCUCUGGAGUUUUCUUCUUCAAAGCCCUGAAAAUGGCAACCCAACAUUUUCUUUUAAUUUUUUCCCACUCCACAAAUGUGUUCUCAGUUUUUAUUCACUAACAUAACAGUUAAAAUUUUAGAUUGUUAAGCAAAAAACCCCACAAAACUCUUCAUUUCCAAACUCUUGGAUGCACUUUAAACCAAUAAUAGUGCCCUAUUUGCUUCCCAUAUAUCAGAGGUGAAAUCCUUGUAAACUUAAAUUUUAAGUGCUAUUCUAGUUACAGGAUUAAGCAUUGGUAUUUAAUGAUUCUUUAGCUAAGAGAUAAUUUUCUUUUAUAAUAAGAUGUACUAAGCAAGUUGCUAUUGCUAAGGAUAGUCGGCUCAAAUCGCAACCUACCUUUCUUCGUCUUGAAUCCGUUUGUAAAGUCCAUGUUAAUCUUUGUGGGCUUUCCUCAAAACAGAUGUCUCAGUGUUGUGUUUUUCCUUUCCACCAAAACAGGCCCACAGAUCAAUUACUAUAGACAUCUAGGAAAUUACACUCCCAAAGUUCUGUAACUUCUGCAGGGAGCUUAGCACAAAGAAGAAUAGAAAAUACAAAAUAAUUUGUUUCCAGAUAUAUUUAGUAUACAAGGAAGCUCAUUCAAAAAGCAUCGUUUAUUCAGUUCAUUAACCUGAAGUGCUGUUGGUGCUGUUUAAAGCAUCUUAUAGCUAAAGCUAUUUUUUCCCUGUUUGGAGUCUCAACACUCUCUAGCUAACGCUAAUGUUAAGCAUGACUUAUCCAUAUUUGGAAGGAGAGCAGUGAUCAUCUCAAUUUUCUGAGUAAUCCAAAAGAAUGUGCGUCUGUGUCAAAACCUGUAGCUUUUUCCUAGUCAACUGCUUUUCCAAAUGAAUGGGAUGUCAGGACUGGAUAAGAACGUGUAGCCAUGCUGGCUACUUCAGGUAUGACCAUUAUUAGUGAAAUGGGUUUUGGUUUGGUUUUUUGCUUUAUUUUGAAGCCUGAUAAUAAACAUUUAUCACUGCUUUAA